AUGGCAGAAAAAAUUGUUCGACAAUUUGGUCCUCUCAAUGCUCAAUCACCAGACCAGCCUCCGAAUCGGCAUCAGAUAACCGAAGGGCAUAUCGUCGACAGGCCUUCAGUUCAAAAACGGCCGCCGCAUAAUCAAAGGUCUCCCGCCAGGGGCCCGCCCAGUGCAGCGACAACCGAGGAGAUUGGAGCGCCAGUAUAUAUGGGCGCUGAAUCACUCGCCUCAGCACUCCUUGAUACCCUGAAAUCUGGACAGCCUCCGGAGGACUCCCAACAAUCGAGUAGUGGAGGAAGCAAUCUUCAGCCCUCGGCGCACGAGACCAUGAAACUGUUGUACCUGGCCGACACGGGAUCUAUGCAUCCUUUCGCAAAUCUGUGGCUUCCUGGUUCCAGCGCGGAAGAUAUUUGUCUGGCUCUUCCUGAUGACGAAACCUUUGAGCGAUGCUUGACUGCCUUUUACGACACAGUCCACCUCGUCUUGCCUUCGUGUUCCGUCGACGAUUUCGAAGCUGACGCCAGAGCGUUCUGGCGUGAACGCUCAAGCGGUCAGAAGAGGGAAAGUGAGCUUCGAUCCCCUUCUUGGCUUGCCGUUCUUUUCUGUAUCCUCGCAUGUGGAUGCACAUACAGUACUCUUAGUCGAGCUGAGAGCGAUCUAAGCUCCAGGGUGUUUGUCUGUUGCACAUUCGCGCUCCUCCGACUCGACAAUUAUCUCCUUCAACCAACGAUAAGUAGCGUACGGGCACUCGUUGGACUAUGUGGAAACCUGCGGGACCAAGCGAAUCCCGCGGCAUCUUGGUCAUUGCUGGGCAUGGCAAUCCGUUUGGCCCAAUCUUUAAGCCUUCAUUGUGCGCCUCCACCGAGAAAGGAUUCGCCUGUCAUCGAACAGCAAGCCUGGACGCAGGGUCUCGUGUGGCAAGACACUACUCUCUCCCUCUGCUACGACCGCCCUUGCGCCGCUUUCGUAGAUGGCUCGAUUCCACGUAUCCCUCGCUCGACCAACGGCAUAGGUCUGUCUUACCCGGAGAGCUGCCAUGGACUUGCCAUUGUUAUGAACGACAUGUGCCACGAAUGGACACGUUUUCGCAGAGCGGGCUCUGCAAGUCCCCCUGCAGUUCACUUCCGAGUCGCUGAAGAGCAGAUUUUAUUAUGGGAAGCCUCUGCAGAGGAAUACCUGCGGAAUCGAGCAAUCUGCAGAGACAACACCCAACGUCUGCUUCAAAAAGCGUUUCAGAUCUUCGUCAACUUCUUCAUUUUCCAGCUCCACCGGCACCUUUUGACUGCUCGGCCGUUGUUUGCGAAUUCCGCACAGAUCACGCCACGUUCGCCAGAGACAGGAGAGGGAAACCAGGACACCGCCGAGGAUCACAAUGCAAUUUGCAUGGAUCGCUGUGAGACCAUUUUAUACCUCUAUCUGUCGAUGCGGAAGUCGCACUUCCAAGCCAGUCGGGUGUGGUUACUCAUUCACAUCUGUAUCAGCUGUUCAUUCUUCCUCGCCACCGCGAUGAAGAAAGCCAAGGACCAGCAUGGAGAAGACCCCAAGCAGGAUGGAGAUAACAGCAGAUAUCGAAUCUUGCGUGAUUUGGCCAAGCACUUCGAAGAGACCAUUCCUUACACGAUACAUCCGCAUCACACAGACAUUCUAAACACGCUUAAGGACGUUAUAGGAUUACCUGCUUGA